GAGGUUCAGGGAGUCGGCGCCAUGACCCUAUCGAGGCUUCCCGGGUUGCUUAGCCGGGUCUCGGCCACUGCGUGGAGAGCGGCAAGAUCACCCCUUCUGUGUCAUUCUCUGAGGAAAACAAGUUCUUCUCAAGGAGGAAAGUCUGAACUUGUCAAACAGUCCCUUAAGAAGCCAAAGUUACCAGAAGGUCGUUUUGAUGCACCAGAGGAUUCCCAUUUAGAGAAAGAACCACUGGAAACUCAAGCUAAGACAUCCAGUGAGCCACAGAGAUAUGUGAGAAAGAAGAACUUCCAUUAGAGAGGCCUUCAGGGGAAUUCAUAGAGUAGGAAAAAGCCAACUUGCAUUGCAGUAAAGCAUGGACUUCUUUUGAAAACAGAAUGAUGAUGGGUAUAGGGGACAGUUUAUUCACAAUAUAACAAGAAUAAAAGAAUGAAUAUUUGAAAAAUUUUCAGGGU